UUUCUCUGCAGAGGGCUGGUGUCUGUAUCUGUGUAAGUUCCCGGGGAGGCUCAGGAGCAGCAGAGGUGGAGAACCGCUGAACAUCGUGGGCAACUUUAGAAAAAGAAACGGAAUGCAUAAUGUAACAGAUGGAUGGUAUUAGGAGCCGUCGGCGCUGUCAGAAAAGAAUGGAAACAGACUGUAACCCCAUGGAGCUGAGCAAUAUGUCAGGAUUUGAAGAAGGCUCAGAGCUCAAUGGUUUUGAAGGAAGUGAUGUGAAAGACAUGAGACUAGAAGCAGAAGCCGUUGUAAAUGAUGUUCUCUUUGCCGUUAAGAACAUGUUUGUCUCGAAAAGCCUGCGCUGUGCAGACGACGUGGCCUAUAUCAACGUGGAGACCAAGGAAAGGAACAGAUACUGCCUGGAGCUCACAGAAGCAGGACUCAGGGUGGUAGGGUACGCCUUUGACCAGGUAGAGGAUCAUCUGCAGAUGCCCUACCACGAAACCGUCUACUCGUUGUUGGACACACUCAGCCCCGCCUACCGGGAAGCGUUUGGAAAUGCGCUCCUGCAGAGACUGGAAGCUCUGAAGAGGGAUGGACAGUCAUGACUAAGCCUUUCCCUCAGAGGGAGCUGCUGGUACAGAACGGUCGACAUAAAACUUGAAACUCUCGCAUACAAUAGUAGUAGAAAAUUCACCUUUAGUUUUGCGUGCUUAUCACUCGCUUCACAUUUAAGCUUUUGACUCAGAACAUUGACUAAUGAAUUGUCUUAGUUUCUGAUUCGUUAAAGGAAGUUUGAGGCCAUUGCUGUGAUUCCACCACUAAGACAUUUAAAGUUCUUCACAUGAAUUCUCUGCCUUUCAAAACCUAAUCGGUAUUUCAUUCUCUCACUACAGGGCUUCGAUGCUGCCAGCACUCUCUUUUACAUAGGAAAUUCUAUAUUUGCACAGUAAUAUAGGAAUUAGAAUUACCUAACUUCAAACUUGGAUUCAGCCUGCUAAAUCAGGGGUUUACUGCUAGCUUGGACUGACUCUGUAGUGAUUAUUUUGGUACUAGCCUUAUUGGAAACAAACUGUCAACUAGUUUUCCACGCACAAAUUUUGAAAUUCACUGCUUCACCUCAUCUAUUUAUAUUACAAAUAUGGAUUGAAAAGUGAAUUACUUACAUAUGAUUUAACUAGUGUUAAAUGAGAUACAGGGACUGAAAUAGUUUCUGUAUUCCUUGUUUGCCACAACCAGCCAGCUAAGCAGAGAACAAACUGUUAGCGAAUGAAUGUAAUAAUUACUCGUUUCCAAGAGCUCUAAGCACAUAACUAAAUGCAGGGACAGGCUCCGUCCUCAACAAAAAGCAUCCUCAGUGUGUGUGACUGCAAAGGAAGAAGAUUCUGAUUUCCUAGAAAACAAUAUCCUGGCCUGUGUCAGUUCUUUCUCCGAAUGUCUGUUUACAUAAUGUACAGUCUAUAUUCGAAGUAUAUUUGCUUCCACGUUUCCUUUCUGUAAGAUAGGGCUUUGGUGUUCCCGCAGACCCCCCUCCCCAACAGUGCUCCAUGUCCAGUGUAACGUGAGUGUGCUGUGUGGGUUUCAGACCAAAGGAUGAGUGAAGCAUUCAGAGACUUCAUAUUUGGAAAAGAGAUACUCUGUAUUUUAUAUUUUAUUACACGUACUGAUAUUUAUAAGCUUAAUAAACUUGACCAUGCUGCUGCAUGUUCUCAAGUACACGUUGAACAGUAGAGAUUUGGGAAUUGUUUUCUUAAUAGUCACCGAAAUCAGCUGCUUUAGAAAUACUGAACUACAGUUCUGCGCCCAGACACAGGUUCAUGAAUUUGUCAUCUGCUGGUCUUUUCAUCAUUAUUUUUUGAAAAUAGACAUUUUUAGGCCCUGAGCUCAUGUGAGGGCCGGAAGUGCAGCUCAGUGGCAGGGGCUUGCCUGGCAUGUGCAAGGCCCUGGGUUCAGUCCCCAGCGUGGGAAAAGAAGAAAAGCAGUCAGGUGGGACAGAGCAUACUAGGUUUCUGCAUUGCUAUUCUUGUCAUGUCUCUAGAGUGCUUUCCAUUUGGUAACAAUGUUCCUUCUCAGCUUUAUUUUCUGAUGCUUAACCAUUGGGGCAGUGAAGUUAACCAGGUAGAACUUUCUCAUGCUUAAUCUCAGGCUAACUGUAAAUGAUAUUUGUAAAGUUUGAACAAAAUUGUGUUUAUUCAUAUUUGAGUUAAGUAUGAAGAAAAGCACUUGUAUCUUUAAAAAUUGAAAAUGUUUUGCGAUAAAUGAUUGAUUUCAAGA